GCAGUUUAGCUUGCUGAACCGCUUUGUGUGUCCUCUGUUUUUCAUUUUAGAAAAAAUGUAGAUUUCAAUAGAAGUUGGCUCUUUUAUAAAUGAACCUGGUUAUAACCCUCCCCCCAGCUGCCAGUCAGAAAUCUGGUCCUGUUACUUCCUGGUUUGUUUAGCUCAGUGUUACUUCCUGGUUUGUUUCACUCAGUGGAGAUAAACUCAAGAGGCAGCAGUUGCCCAGAGCACCUGCCUUGCAAAGACUUCUCAUUGAGCUGCUGUGAUUGGACAGACACCGGAAGCCUGGGCGGAGCAGAGUCGGCUGCUUGGCCAUGAGGAUGAGGCGGGGCCUGACUUGCGCAGUUACUACAGUCACCAUCACCGCUGCGCUAGCUGCCAUGGGAAGCAUCCUGUCCUCUUAUUGGUUCCAUACAUCCAAUUCUUGCCAUUCCACCAUGGCUGCGCAUGUCAAGGCGUUAACGUCUCCAUACCCAGGAUCCCAGGUUAAUCGGUGGCCAGUCCCUUCAGAAAAGGUCAGCUGGUCCAUAGAAUGGCCAGAGUAUAAACCUGUUGAGUACACUGCCCCCUCUGUGCUCGCUCAGCCCCCCUGGGCAGACCCUCCACUCAGUGAUGGCAAGUUCUCUCCACAAUUCAAUACCCUUGAUGGAAAGGUGCAGAGAGAGAGUUUAGAAGGAACCUAUCACACAGAGAAUGGGGCGCCACGGAACCCUGCAGGGCGUACAGGGAUAAUAGGAAGGGGCCUACUGGGAAGAUGGGGACCCAACCACGCAGGUGACCCCAUCAUAACAAGGUGGAAGCGUGAUGCCGCUGGUCAGAGAGUGGCCGACCCUGGCUCUGGCAAGCCCAUCCUCCAGUUUGUAGCCAUACAGAGGAAGGACUGUGGGCAGUGGGCAAUCCCAGGGGGCAUGGUGGAUCCCGGUGAGCUGGUGACGGCUACACUUCGCAGGGAAUUCUGCGAGGAGGCUCUCAACUCUCUGGAGAAAGAAGGAGACGAGAAAGAGACAAAGGACAAAAUCCAGACUCUAUUCUCUCAAAAAUCGUUACCGGUGUAUAAAGGCUAUGUAGAUGAUCCCCGUAACACGGAUAAUUCUUGGAUGGAGACUCAGGCUGUUAAUUAUCAUGAUGAAACAGGUGAUUUGCUGGACUUGCUGCCGCUCCAGGCUGGUGACGAUGCAGGGAAGGUGCAGUGGGUGGAUGUAAGCAGUAGUUGCAGCCUGUAUGCCAGUCAUUCCAAUUUUAUCAAGCUGGUAGCAGAGAAGCAUGAUGCCAACUGGUAGGAGAAGAGCCUGACACUCCCAUCAGACAAGCCGCACUAUUCCUGCACUAAAUGACUGCGUACACGCUGUGUGUUCGUCUGUUACACUCUGGUUGCUGCCUGGUGGACAUUCCUUGGCUUUGUGAGAAAGCUCAGCCCUAGACGGUGUGGGCCCUGCCCUUGGAGUGGUUAUUCUGUAUAAAAGCAUUUAAUGGCUGUACUUGGCAGGAUUUGAAGGAUUUCUUUUAUAACCUUUGGAAUAUGACAUGUAAUAAAAGAAUAAUUCAAACA